AUGGCUAAUAGAUACAAUGAUAUACAGGGACAGGCAAACAAGAGAAAGUCCAUCUUCACUCCAAGAAUAAACAAUAAUACUUCACAAGAAACUUCAACUCAAGCUAUUGAAUUGGAAAGAAUUGAACAAGAAAUCACAUUAACUUUACAAUCAAUUGAUAAAAAUUUUGCUAAAAGUCAUAGAAUUAUAAAUGAAAAAUUAAUACCUAUAAUAACAAAAUAUCAUCAAAAUUCCAUUAAAAUUGAUCAAAGUGUUGGGUUUUGGAAAAAUUUCUUACAAUUUAGUGCAAAUUCGGAAUUAAAAGGUUAUGAAGAAGCUCAAUUAAAUAAUCAAUCAACUGAAUUAUCCGUGGAGCAAAGUAAUGUUGGUGAUGGUGAAUUCACAGGGAAUGAUACAUUACAAGAAAAUGAACAAUUAAGUCCAAUAAAACCAAAUAAUCAUAAUCAUCAACCCAAUGAUUUCUUACAAGAAUCAACAAAUCAUAAUACAAUGCAACAACAUCAUUAUAAUGUAAAUUUUAAACCAAGAGAAGAAUCUACAAUGGAAUUCCCCAAAUCAAAUCCAAUAAUGCCCAUUACACAAUCUCAAAAACAAUCAAAUAAUAAUUUUGGUUUUGAUACAAGUGAUAGUAUAUUACCACCAAUUCCACAAAGUAUAAAUUUAUCAAAUUCAAUAAAUAAUGGUACUGAAUUAAAUCAAACAACUCCAACUUUACAAAGAACUAGAGAAUUUGUUAAACCUGAUGUUAGAACUUAUGAUUUACAUCAUAAUUUAGAUAAAGUUUUAAAAGUUCAAAUUUCACCAAGAAGAUCAAAUAUCACAAAACAUGGUAUAGUUAAUCAAAUUACUCCCAAGAGAUCAGAUUUAUAUAAAAAAAGAAAAUCUUUGAUUGCACAAAAAUUUGAUUCUUCACCUUUUGAUAUUGAAACUCCAAAAUUGACUUCAGAUAUUCAAUUAAGUCCAAUAAAAACAAAUCGUUCCCCAUUAAGAAAAACCAUGAUAAGACAAGGUCAAGUAAGAAUUCAAGAUCAAGAAGAAGCUCAACGAUUCCCACAUACCCCAAAAUAUGGUGCAAAUGGUCAACUAUUACAUACAACAGAUCAAACAACAAGAACUGCACAAAGAUAUAGUAAUCAAGGCUUAUUACAACUAGAACCACAACUUCAACAUCAACCAGAACUCAAUAGAUUUGAUGAUUCAGAAUCAACACCACAAUUAUCUCCACCAAUUACAAUACAAAUGGGUCCAUUAAAUUCAAGAAAUCCAAAUUUAAGAAAAACUCCUUCUAAAAUAGCUGCACAAAAUAUAGUUCAAGAUAUUUUAGAUAAUGUUGGUGGUAAUGAUAGUGGUCUUAGUGGAUUUGAAGAAUUUGGGGCAAGUGCUGCAACAACAAAUAAAGCAAAUAAACCUACAGAGACUAGAUAUAAUUUUGAUUCAACAGAUAAUUCAUUAUUUAAUGAUGAAAUUUUACAAAAUAAAGAAAUUGAGAACCCAAAGCUAGGAGAUCAAGAAAAGGGAGAUAUCCCUGAAUUUGAUGCCUUUUUAGAUGGGAAUCAACAACAAAAGGGUGAUAAUCCGGAUUGGAGUGAUGAAUAA